AUAGAUCCAACCCUAGCAAAAACUUGGCCUUGAUUCUUUUCUACAGCCUCAACUCGAAAAAAUCGGCCUCAACGUAACCAUACGCGUAGAUAAACAGGUAUACUCGUUUCUCAACCCUUGUAGCUCGGGUAUUGCCCUCCCAUCUCCAAACUCCCGUGCCUCUCGACCCCGCAACACAGUUUUUAUUUCGUGCCCCUCAUCAUGGCUCCCAAAAUCGAUGAUUCUAUGCCGGCGCGCAUAUCCUCCGAUUGCCCAGACGAGAUUCGGGAAGUCUUGUACCAUGCCUGGGGCCAUGAUAGAAGUGGUCUACAGAGACUGCUAAAAACUACCGGCAAGGCAAAUGCUCAGGACCCCAAGACUGGGGAGACACCCUUACAUGCAGCUAUCCGUGCCUGCGGGCCUGCUUCUGGGGACGAUAAGGACCAGGAAGAGGAUGGCUCCGUCGAAGAGGCUAAAGAGAUAGUUCACGACCUCUUCUUGAGAGGUGCGAUCUGGAACGAUGUCGAUAGCAACAAUGAGACACCAGGGUGCCUUGCCCUUAGGCUUGGCCGCAAGCCUCUAUACAACCUUUGUGUAGAGGCUGGAGUGCGAGCUGAGCUCCUGUUCGCUCUUAUGGGGGAUUAUGAAGCACUAUCAUCUGGUUCAGAUGACGGUGACGAAGAGAUGGAAGCUGAGCAAGAUGGCGAAGAGGCUCCUCAACUGGUAUCCGUUGAAGACACCGCCCCUCACCCAGAAGAACCCAAUUUCAUUCCUCCCGACGCUCAAGAGAAGCAAGUCACAAGUGAGGAAUAUCUAAACUCGAAACUUGUGUAUGAUGAUGCCAAGCUCAUCGACUCUGACCUCAACGGUGUCAUGAUGGCAUGGGAGACCGAUAUCAUGCGCCGGUCGGUUGCCGCUCUGAUUCCCGACUCAGCCCCUGGCAAACGUAUCCUGAACAUUGGUUUCGGCAUGGGUAUCGUUGACGGUAUGUUCGCUGAUUUGAAGCCCUCACGCCAUCAUAUCAUCGAGGCACACCCAAGCGUUCUUGAGCACCUCUCCAAGGAUGAAUCCAAGUUUGGCCCUAGUUGGGAGAAGAGCGGCCCUGAGGAGGGCGCCUUUAAGGUGCACAAGGGCAAGUGGCAAGAUAUCGUGCCAAAACUACUGGAAGAUGGUGAGGUUUAUGAUGCCAUUUACUUCGACACCUUUGGCGAAGACUACUCUCAGCUACGUCACUUCUUCUCUGAGUGCAUCAUUGGCAUCAUGGACCAGGAUGGAAAGUUUAGCUUUUUCAAUGGCCUUGGUGCUGACAGAAAGAUCUGUUACGACGUAUACACCAAGGUGGUCGAGAUGCAGUGCGCCGAUGCAGGGCUCGAUGUCGAGUGGGAGGAGAGUGAUGUGGACAUGUCUGGCCUAGAAAAGGCUGGUGAGGGAGAGUGGGAGGGUGUACGGAGACGAUACUGGACCCUAGACAAAUACCGGCUGCCUAUUUGCACAUUUAUGGGCUAGACGAAUGUAUCAAUCGAAAAAAAUCCAGGCCUGUCAGUGGCACAAGCUUCUUGAUAGUCUUUAAGAAACCCUUCGUCUCUAUUCGUGCUUUCAUUCAAGUCCUCGUCUAUCUUCGUUUUCCGUCCAAUCCUAAUAUUAACCUUUGAUACCCAUCACGCGCCUUUCAUCAGUCGAUCCCUGCUCAUGCUUAUUUGAAGUUCUCGGGAUGAAGGAUACCCGCCAUGUUGCCCUCAUUGAUUCGCUUUAGGGUCAGGGCGGCAAUCAGGGCGGCGCCGACACCACUGCCAUCCUCAGCAGUAAGAACCUCAAUAGGGUCCUCGGCCUUCUUGUCGGUCUUCUCAGGCCAGUCGAGAAUCUCUCGCAGGGCCUGAGCUCCUCGCUCCUUGAAGUAGGGGUACUUGUUGAACACAGAGCCAUCAGCACCGACGUGGCAAGAUUCGUAUCCCUUCUUCUUGCAGAUAGCAGCGACACCACAAGCCGAAAGGCGAGCAGCACGUGUGCCGAUGAGCUCGGCGGUCCUUCGAACGAGCUCCAGUUCGGGGCGUGUGGGCUUCAAGUUCAGCUUCUUGACGAAGAGAUCAUACGUCUCAGUAAGGUUCUCCCAGGGGUCUCUAAAGCAGAAAAUUAGCAGUGUGCGUAAACCUAGCAAAAAAAAGGAAAAUCGUACUCUUCAAUAGCAGACAGGAAGGAAGCAUCAAGGGAGUAAGGUUUGCGUAGCAGAGAGAUAUCUUGGUUCUCAAAGAUAUGGAUGGCUUUGUUAUCGUGAAGGUCAACGAGGAUGAGCCGGAAAAUCUCGCCUAGGUAGAGACCAGCAAUCAUCUUUUCGAAGGCCUGUUGUCCUGGGCGAGGAGACUCCUUAUCGAUAGUCACAUCGUAG